UACGAGAUAGAGUAUUAUUCUUAUCAUGGGUUCCUCAUAAUUGGUACACCCGUUUUCAGGGGUUAUACGGAAGAACUCUCAUAAAACAUGUAAGCCGACCCUCAAGUCUACUGCGGUUUUGCUCAUCCUUUGCCACUUCAACAAAUUUUUUCGAAGUCUUUCGGAAUGAAAAUCGCCGCUAUCACUCACCUGAAUUUGAUUUCUUACUGAUUCGCCAGUAUCAAUUUUCUCUAUUUCGUGGAAGAGUGUAAGUCUGAAAGUCUAACACCACCACCGCACCGCCGGUCUACCUAACUCUCUCACCAGACUAAGGCAGUAGCUGGCACCACACGCGGAUCAGCUGCAGUGAUAUGGUAUUGUUCAAUUCAGACUAAUUGAAGCAAAAGAGGUUAAGAAAAGCGAAAUCAGAGUCAGAGAGAACACACUACCUUUCCUUGUCUCUCUCUACCAACACUACCAAGAUGAAGAUGAACUCCUAACCCUAAUUGGGGUUUUAAUUCUGCAUACCAACACUACCUUUCCUUGCACCUACUUUCAGAUGCUUUUGAUUGCAAGGGUCAUUGCUAAGACUGAUUUGUAAUUUAUAUAAAAUGGCUGAAAGUUGGGAUGGAAGCUAUGAUCCUGGCAGCCCCUCUGAUGACAGCCGGCAAUUUGAGAAAUUGCAUGUAGAGCCAAUAUACGAUGCAUUCGUCUGCCCUUUAACAAAGCAAGUAAUGCGCGAUCCUGUUACGUUGGAAAAUGGGCAAACAUUUGAGCGUGAAGCAAUUGAAAAGUGGUUCAAGGAAUGCCAUGACAGUGGGAGGAAGUUGCAGUGUCCAUUGACAUUGAAAGAAUUACGAAGCAAAGAUUUGAAGCCAAGCAUAGCUUUACGGAACACCAUUGAAGAGUGGAAUGCAAGGAAUGAAGCUGCUCAGCUUGACAUGGCUCGCAGGUCGUUGAAUUUGAACACUCCAGAAAGUGAAGUUCUUAUGUCCUUGAAGUUUGUCCAGCAUAUCUGCCAAAAAAGUAGGUCGUGCAAGCAUAUUGCGCGAAGUGCGGGGUUGAUACCUAUGAUUAUUGACAUGUUAAAGAGUAGCAGCCGUAAAGUUAGAUGUAGAGCUUUGGAAACCCUUAGAAUUGUGGUGGAAGAAAAUGAUGAAAAUAAGGAAAUGUUGGCUGAGGGGGACACUGUCCGCACUAUUGUAAAGUUCUUAUCUCAUGAACAAUCUAAAGAGAGGGAGGAAGCUGUCUUUUUGCUGUAUGAGCUUUCACAAUCUGAAUCACUGUGUGAAAAGAUUGGUGCGAUCAAUGGAGCUAUUCUUAUAUUGUUAGGAAUGACAAGCAGCAAAUCAGAGAAUCUUUUGACUGUAGAGAAGGCUGACAAAACACUAGAGAAUCUGGAGAAGUGUGAGAACAAUGUGCGUCAGAUGGCUGAAAAUGGUAGACUGCAGCCUCUUCUGACACAAAUUCUUGAAGGCCCUCCUGAAACCAAACUGUCGAUGGCUAAUUUCCUUGGUGAGCUGGUUUUGAACAAUGAUGUGAAGGUCCUCGUAGCUAGAACUGUGGGCUCCUCUUUGAUCAACCUCAUGAAAAGCAGUAAUAUGCAGUCAAGAGAAGCUUCUCUAAAGGCUUUAAAUCAGAUCUCUUGUGAGGCAAGUGCUAGGGUGCUGAUUGAUGCAGGGAUACUUCCUCCUCUUGUCAGGGACCUUUUUAAUCAACUACCUAUGCGACUGAAAGAGAUUUCUGCAACAAUUCUUGCUAAUGUUGUGAACUCAGGCUAUGACUGUGAGUCUAUUCCUGUCGGACCUGAGAACCAGACUUUGGUCUCAGAAAAUAUAGUACAUAGCCUUCUACAUCUCAUUAGCAACACUGGCCCAGCAAUUGAAUGUAAGCUUCUUCAGGUUCUUGUUGGGCUCACUCACACUCCCUCUACUGUCACGAAUGUUGUUUCUGCCAUUAAAAGCUCUGGUGCCACUAUCAGUUUGGUUCAGUUCAUUGAGGCUCCACAAAAGGAAUUGCGUGUGGCUUCAAUUAAACUUCUUCAGAACCUUUCCCCAUAUAUGGGUCAGGAACUAGCAGAUGCUUUACGUGGCACGGUUGGCCAGCUAGGAAGCCUUAUCAGAGUAAUAUCGGAAAAUGUUGGAAUCACUGAAGAGCAAGCUGCAGCAGUUGGCCUCUUAGCUGAGCUCCCAGAGAGGGAUUUGGGCCUGACUCGACAGAUGCUAGAUGAAAGUGCCUUUGAACUUGUCUAUACAAAAGUAGUUAAAAUUCGACAGGGCGAGACCAAGGGGGCUCGCUUUGUGACACCAUUUUUGGAAGGGCUUGUUCGAGUUCUUUCAAGAGUUACAUUUGUAUUGGCUGAUGAGCAGGCUGCAAUCGAUCUCUGCCGCGAGUAUAAUCUUGCUGCAUUGUUUGUCGAACUUCUUCAGGCUAAUGGACUUGACAAUGUGCAGAUGAGUUCUGCAACAGCCUUGGAGAACUUGUCACAAGAAACCAAAAAUUUGACAAAACUUCCAGACAUGCCAACACCUGGUUUUUGUGCCUCAGUCUUUCCAUGUUUCAGUAAACAACCUGUGAUAAGCGGAUUGUGUGGAGUCCACAGGGGGACAUGCACACUCAGAGAGAGUUUUUGUCUUUUGGAAGGACAGGUUGUGGACAAAUUGGUAGCUCUUCUAGAUCACACUAAUGAGAAGGUGGUGGAGGCAGCACUCGCUGCUAUAUCAACUUUGUUGGAUGAUGAAGUUGAUAUUGAACAAGGAGUGAAGGUGUUGUGUGAGGCUGAGGGAAUCAGACCUAUACUAGACGUGUUAUUGGAGAAACGAACCGACACUUUGAGGAGAAGAUCAGUGUGGGCAGUUGAGAGACUUUUACGGAUUGAUGAGAUAGCCUAUGAAGUUUCUGGUGAUCCAAAUUUAAGUACUGCUCUUGUUGAUGCCUUCCAGCAUGGUGACUACAGAACUCGACAGAUAGCCGAACGUGCCUUGAAACAUGUCGAUAGGUUACCAAACUUCUCUGGGAUUUUUCCCAACAUGGGAUAAGAAACUUUAUUUUGGUGUGGUUUAUGCAUACUUCCAAAACCAGUGGAAGGUAUAUAUUGCUGUAUACAAGAUUUCCUACGUGUAGAUGAUUUUUGAACCUUGUUCAUUUGUUUUUUUCUUCUUAAUGAUGCAAGAUUUUCAUC